CGAGCGCGGAGCCAAAGGAGGUCCGUCGUGGUUUUAGCCAGUUUUAGCCGCUUUUGCCUUCAUGGGCAUGACAUGCAACGCAACAUAAACUAUUAACAACAGUAAUUUGGUGUACAUACGUGUCUCAGACGUGCAACGACGUCGAAGCAAAGAACAGUUUUCGAAAUGAGUGGUUUGCGAUUCACCCUCUUCUGUACAGCACGCCUUGAACGUCUCUUCCCUUACAACCAUCGCCCUAUGUCAACUACACUGAAGCGUGUGGAAAAGCCUUUGCCUAUGGAAAGACAAUAUGAUAUAGACCUGAACGACAUCGGCCCAGCGCUUGGUGCUACCCUCUCCCUAGCUUCGCUAGCCAACAGCAGUGAGACCAUUCGGCGACUGGUUGAUCUCGGCGUGGAUGUGUCGCGUUGCGAAAAGCGUGCUGCGUCGCUUCUCGCAGGACUCCGCUGGGAACACGAGGCGGAGCCCGUAGUGCGAUUGCUCAACUCGUUGGCCGUGGACCCGGGUCCCGUGCUCACCAAGAACCCACACUUGCUCAAGGAAAAUGUGGACUGUCUGGAGACUCGUUUGGAAUAUUUAGAAAAGAAAGGCUUUCCACGCAAAGAUGUCUUGAGCUGCAUGGUGUCUAGAGCACCUUUCCUUCUGAUGCACAGUGUGGAACGACUGGACCGGCGUCUGGCACUUCUCCAGCAGCUUACUGGGCUCAGACCUUUCCAGCUACGUAAUGUGGUUCUGGGAGCUCCGCGCAUCAUGACCACGAGUCUACACCCAGUACGAAAAACUCUGUUCACCAUUCAUGAAGAAAUGAGCUUCUCUAAUGCAGAGUGUCACACCCUCAUUUUGGCAUGUCCCAAGCUUCUUCUUACCAGUGCUCCAGUGUUGCGAAAGAGGUUUACUGUGCUACAUGAAGAAUUGGGCGUAUGUCACGAAGUACUCCUCGACUUUCCAAAUGUGUUUAGGACACGUGAUGAAGUGCGGUUGCGUCCACGUGGCCUGUACCUGAAGCACUUGGGAAGAGACCAGUGGGAUCCUCAGCUGCCUGGCUAUGUGUCCCUGAGGGCCCUUGUGAGUGGUUCUGAUGGAGACUUCUGUGAACAAGUUGCACACACCUGUAUCGACGAUUUCCACCUCUUCCUUAAGGGACUCUGAUGUACUUCAAAAUGGUUGUCAAAGCUUUAUGUGCAAGUGGAAGAGUGUUGUGUGCCCAACAUGUAUGCAGACACCACUUCCUCUACAGGCGUAAGAGCAAAGCUACAUACAACUAGGAGUUAUUUGUAAAAUUUGCAGUUGUCAGAAUAGCAAAGUCUCGCCUUUUUUUUUUUCUCUUGCAGUUGUUGCAAAAAUGCACCUGCUUCACGAAAGGUUCACAUUUUAGAGACAUUAAUGCAGUUUGCAACAAAAAGUGCUUCCAAGACUCUGGCAGUGGUGUCAUCUUUGUUUCUUUUGGGGGGGAUUUGAUUUGUAAUAAAUUAUUGGUAAGUGUUCA